AAAAUUACAGCCGGCAAACGCUUGACGAAACGAAAUAUUUUAUUCCUUAUACAUUAUAUAGCAUAGCCGAAAUGGAAGAGCAACACAAUGAUGAUUUUGCCGAUUUUGAGUCGACUCUGAAAAAAAUCGACAACAUAUUAAAAGGUGAACCCGAGACCGAUGCCAAUGAGGAGCCAAAAGCGAAAACUGCUGAGGACUUUGAAAACAUCGACGUGGACAAAGUGCGUUUGACUGUGCGUGAGGAUCGCACUGUAAUCAAUAAGCGCGAGGAGCAGGCCAGGGCACAGACUACGGACCAGCAGAGCUUUAUGAAGGAGGUCGAACGGGAUGCCAAUGAACGUGCACAGGCGCGUGCCAAACGUGAAUAUGAAGCGGAACUGCAGCGCAGUCAAGGAAACGAGGCAUUUCGCAAAGGCAACUAUGAGAAGGCUAUUCUACACUACAACAAGGCAAUAGAGCGCGUUAAGAAUAGCGCCAUCACCUACAAUAAUCGCGCAUUAUGCUAUAUCAGGCUGCGCAACUACAAGCGUGCAAUUGACGACUGCCAGUAUGUAUUGGACAAGUUGCAGGAGACAAAUCUGCGCGCCUGGCUGUACAAAGCCACUGCCUAUAAGCACCAAAAUGAUGCCGAAAACUUUGAGGAGAGUGUUGCCCAAGCGCGCCUCCAUAAUCCACAGCAGCUGGCCUAUAUUGAGAAAUUCAUCGGUCAGAUUAGCGAGCAAAUGUAAAGCAUAUAUGUAUAGUUGAAUGUAAUGUACUUACUCAGCAU